GGGUCCCUUUUGAAGUUGGUUAGUUGAAUAUCCUUGAGGGCGGUACGUUGAGAUUGUGGGCAUAGGAUACUUGCUCAGAGAUGGCCUUUCCACGGGCUAGUUUGGCCGCGAUUGGUGCGUUACUGGUGGUGCGUUUACAGGCGGCCUUCUGGUCCAUUAUUGCCGACUGCGACGAAACGUACAACUAUUGGGAACCGUUGCAUUAUGUGCUGCAGGGCAAGGGCUUCCAAACGUGGGAAUAUUCGCCCGAAUUCGCCCUGCGAUCGUACAGCUAUCUGUGGCUUCACGGACUGCCGGCAAAGUUCGUCGGUUUGCUGGUCGAAAACAACGGUGUCACGAUAUUUUACACCAUACGGGCGUUGCUCGCUGUAACCUGUGCCUUGCUUGAGUAUCGGUUGUAUAAAACCAUUAAGCGGAAAUGUGGGGCCAGCAUAGGCAACAUGUGGCUGUUUUUCCAGCUAGCGAGCCCGGGCAUGUUUAUCUCCAGUGCUGCUCUGUUGCCAAGCAGUUUCGCGAUGUACGUCACCAUGGCAACCAUGGCCGAUUGGAUGAGCCGUAGACCGAAGGCCGUGAUUGCCGUCACCGCAUUUUCCGGACUGAUAGGUUGGCCAUUCGCUGUGAUCGUUAGCAUUCCUUUCGUGCUGGAACUGCUCCUGAAGCAAUGUAAAUGGGCGGAAUUCACUAAAAACGCGGUAUUUUUUGGAGCACUGUUCGGCGUGCCGAUAGUGCUUAUCGAUAGCUACUACUUUGGAAAGUUAACGGUGGCCGCAUUGAACAUUGUACGCUACAAUAUUUUCACCUCACACGGCCCGGACCUUUAUGGUGUGGAACCGGUUAGUUUUUAUGUGAAAAACUUGUUCCUCAAUCAAAACUCGGCACUGUUGCUUUGCUUGCUGUACCCGUUGUUGGCCGUACUGGCCGCCGCAAUCGGGUUAAGAGGAAACAAAGGCAGUCUUUCUCCGCUCGCGGCUCUGUGGAAACUGUCUCCAUUGUUCUUGUGGUUGGCAGUGUUUGCAGUGCAACCUCACAAAGAAGAAAGAUUUAUGUUUCCAGUUUAUCCCUUGUUUUCUCUUGGUGCUGCCCUUACGCUGGGCUUAUUGUCGAGCUUCACCGUGCGAUUCUUGGGUGCAAAAAAAUCGGCCCUCGUCAAUCGUCCUUUGGUGGUGAUCAUCUUUGGAAUAACAUUGUUACUGGGCUUGUCUCGAAUACUGGCAGUUUGCAUAAACUACCGCGCCCCAGUCGCUGUCUUGGGUACCCUUCCACCAACAGAUCGGGAAACGAAUCUGUGUUACGGGAAGGAGUGGUACCGAUUUCCCAGCAGUUUUCUGUUGCCAGCCAAUUAUCGUGUCCGCUUCAUUCCCUCUAGUUUUACCGGAAUGCUUCCAGCGUAUUACCAGGAAACAGCGGAUGGCAGCCGAAUAGUACACGAUUACUUUAACGAUCAGAACAUUGGCCACAAGCAUAUGCAGUUCGAGUUGUCGCGGUGUGAUUUCCUGAUUGAUCUGGACACGGGUGAACCGUACGAAAAAACUACCAGCGAACCAAACUAUUCGGCCGAUACAGACACAUGGUCGGUUGUGCAAUCUGCCGAUUUCUUGUUGGCCACGAGAUCGAGUGCAUUAGGACGUGCCUUCUACCUGCCAUCGCUUUCGAGCCGGUAUUCCGUUUAUGGGAGGUAUAAUUUGUUAAAAAGAGUUGUACGAGCGUAG